AUGAGUCCAUCCGCAAAGAAGAGGCCCAAGAAUAGAGUGGCUUCCAAGACGCAAGAUGAGGAACCACAGGACAAGACACAGCAGCCUGUCAGCAAAGUAAUUGAGCGGAACCGACUGAAAAUGGUGUUAAAAAACCUGUCGCUCUUGAAGCUGUUCAAGAGCUCAAACCCUCGGAUUCAAGAACUGCAUAACCUGGCCAAGAGGUAUUGGAAUUCACUGCUCAGAGUUCCGAGGAUCCUCGGGAUCUCCUCCGGUGGGCACCCAACCAGACAGAGGUGGCCAGUAUUAUCCCAGGCUCCCCUGAGCUGGCUGCAGAGCAACCUUCUCGGGCUGGCUGGAGGACCAGGGCCUCGGCCUGCUCUGCUGACUGCUGUUCCUCUCCCUGCCAGGAAUGAUGACGUCCAGGAGAAAGGGGAACAAAAGAACAAAGAGCUCCAGGAGGCUGGGGGCCCCAGCCAGAAACUGGACUCCAAGAACUUAGGGCCCAUAGUGGAGUCUAAGUUGUGGAAGCCCAAGGUGGCAUCGGGGAAGAGGCACAUGGCACAGGAAGCAGUGCCACAGAAAGAGCAGCGGAUGGAGCCUGAGGUCCCGAUGACAUCGAAGGGUCAUGGCCUGACCACUGGCCCUGGAGCCUGGGGGAGGCAACCGCCCACUGGGGACCACGGAGUUGUCCUCCUGAAGACCCAGCAGAAGAGAGCUCCUGCAAAGGACAUGGAGCAGCUAGAAGCAGCUCACCAGUGGAGAUGGUUUGAGGGGCUGCCCACCCGAGUCCACCUCCCAGGGCCCCGGGUGAUGUGCAGGUCCUCCGCCCUGCGCUGGGUCAAGCGCUGCUGCACCCGCUUCUGCUCAGCAUCACUUGAGUUGCCUAUGGUCCAUCCAUACAAGGUGUGACAAUGGUGAGACGUAGGCCCCGGGCCCAGCCCUGAGCUGGGCCCCGGAGUUAAAAGGCUCAGGAUCAAGAGUCUUGGGGCUGUGGCUGGCAGCGCUGGGAGGCUUUACCUCCGUGCCAGAGAGGGAAGCCCAGAGAGGCAGAAGCCAUUGACUGAGGCCACACAGCAGGGCAGUGGCUAGGCUGGGGCCUCUCAGAACUCAAGUAGGGGCUCUGGGAAAGGAGGGCACUGGGAGUGUGGUUCUGAGGCGGGUCAUCUCAUUGCCUGAGGCCUCAGGAGGGGCCACAACUGCGACAGCCAGACAGCUGAGGGCCUCAGACUUAGAAGUCUCAGUAAGCAAAUUUAGGGAUUUCCAAAUGUGAGGGGAAGGGGAGGCCAAGUGGUCAAGUAAGGCUCUGCUGCAUCCCAUCUCCCCUUAGAUCAAA